GAAAUGAAGUUAGCAGCCUUACGUUUCGAGAAUGAAGUUUGAUAUGACGAAUGAUUUGGAUGAUAUCAACCGUUUAUCCGCCCCCUAUAUGUUGAGUUAAAUGUAAUUUGAAGAAACGUUCAAUUAAUAAAUAAGUUAAGGACGUUCAAAGUUUGUUGUUCGUUAUAAGUUAAUGUUAUCAAUCUAUUGAGCACUGAAAGUAUCCUUAUUUGCUCCAUUAAAUAUAGUGUACAAUUCUAGACGUUACUGUCAGAAUUUACAAUAACAUGGUUACACAAAACUUGUUUACCUUAGUGUAAUUCCUGAUCUGCCCAUUUUUAAUAAGUUAAAUUGGUAGUAUUCAAAUAUCCAAAAUGACUGUGAACUUCAAUGACUAUUUUUGGGGCGAAAAAAACAAUGGUUUCGACGUUCUGUAUCAUAAUAUGAAAUAUGGUUUUCAAGCUAGUAAAGAAUUUUCUGAAUUCCUCAGGGAAAGAACCAACAUGGAAGAAAACAACUCCAAGUUGCUUGCAAAAUUAGCAAAACAAGCAGGAAGUUCCUGUGUUCAUGGUACAUUUGCUCCAAUAUGGCUUAUUUUGAAAAACUCGGCAGAAAAAUUGUCAUCUCUUCACAUGCAAAUGGUUCAAAAGGUGACUGAUUUAGUGAAGGAAGUUUCUAAAUAUGCUGACGAUUUGCAGAAGAAGCAUAAAACAGUCAAAGAAGAGGAAGAAGGGACCUUACGGAAAGCUCAAGCAAUGCAGGCCAUAACUGUGGUUGUACAAAAAUCGAAAGAAAGUUUAAAUCAACGAGGAAUUGAAUUGGAAAAACUGCGCAAAGAAAAUGCUUCACCAAAGGAAAUCGAAAAGGCAGAACAGAAACUGAAGAAAGCACAAGAAGACCAUAAGAAUUAUAUAGAAAAAUACACAGCAACAAAGGAAGAAUUUGAAAAGAAAAUGUGUGUUACAUGCAAGAAAUUUCAGGAACUUGAAGUGGCUCAUUUGGUUCAAAUGAAAGAAUUUUUGAAUUCCUAUGUGGAAGUUAUUGAUUGGACUCAUGAAGAAAUGGGAAAGGUACAUGCUGAGUUUCGACAACAGUGUGUUGAAUUGACUGUAGAUCAAUUAUUAGAACAGUUUGUAAGGGACAAAUCCACAGGUUUAGAAAGACCAGGGCUUUUAAAUCUAGAAGAGUCAAUUAUGCCUGUUACAUCACCUACACAGGAGGUAGAUAAUACUAAAACUAGAACGAAGCGUGAAGGUAAUGGUAAUAAUGAGCAAGGUGUUCCAAGUAAUGUGAAAACAUCCCGCCGUACUACCUCCCUUCUUAAUCUCUUCAUGUCUAACUCUCAGGGUUCACGCGAGAGCCGAGCAGGGGCAUGCAGUGCACCUUCAAGCCCUACAACACCUGAGGGAGAUCAACAGUUGACGCGUCAUCUACAUAGAGGAUCUAAAUGGUUUCUCAGAAGUAGGAGGGAUAAAGCAAAACAGAAAAAGUCCAAAAAGAAAUCUAAAGAUGGAACCGAUAAUCAAAGUAACAAAGACGAGAAGUCUGAUAUGGAAGAAAAAGAUGAGCCAAGUCCCCCAGUCACAGCAACAAGUGAACCAAGUGCUCCAGAACUGGAUGAAGAAGGAUAUGUAAUAAGGCCUAAUCCUAGCCAUAAUUGGAAUAGUGAGAAAGGCAGCUUUUAUUCAUCCUCUGAUUCAGAUUCGGAUGAUGAAAGAGAACGCAAAAUCCAUGUGGAAAUCAAGCCGUUAAACCAUAACGGUGCAGCACCUAUGUCAGCAUCAGUCGAUGAACUGAGAGCUACUGUAGAAAAUUUGUACCUUUUCCCAGUUGGUAGUUCUUUUGGUAGACGGGGAUCUAAUCUGGAAAAUCAAGAUCUGAUGAUUAAGAGAUCGCAAUCUGUUUCUCAACAAAUAGGAAAGCCUAGCAGUGAUUUGCUAGGGUUGAAUUUGGUUCAAAGUCCUACAGCUUCCAAUGCUUCCACUCCGGUCAGUUCUCAUCCUUAUGCUCCAUUGCAGAGUCCUUCGCAGUUAGCCUUAAACUCGCCCACCUUGUCUGUCUCUUCAAAAUAUACAGAUCUAGGCGAUUUAUUCAGCGAAGAUAACGAAGCUGGGGCUUCCAAUAAACCUAAUCGUCAAACGCCUACACCUACCUCUGGGUACAUGUCAAUUCCAAGGCCGCCUUCACGUCGUUCAGAUCCUUCCAAAAAUCUGGCAUCUCAGAAUACUAUAAGUAGAACAGAUAGCAUAAAUAGUUUAGAAUUUCGGACAGCCUGCGUACCAGUUGGUGCUUCUAGGGGACCGUCACCUCUCACAAUUGGCAUGGCCGAUACAAUCCCAUUGGCUGUUGCUUUUCAUGAGAUGGUUCACUCGUAUUUUAGAGGUGCUGAUGAGACAAGAUGUCAAGUCAAAAUGUCUGGUGAAAUGAUGUUGUCAUUCCCUGCAGGAAUCGUCACAAUAUUAGCUCAUAAUCCGAAUCCUGCUAAGUUGAUGUUUCAUGUUAAAAAUACUCAGAAAUUAAUGAACAUAUUGCCUAACAAACAAUUAGUUUCAACUGAAAGUGGACAAUCUUCAUCUGAUCAGAUAGUUAUAGAAUUUAACAUGAGUGCCCUUAGCACCCUUUUGAAAAAACAGUCAGAACAAAAUCCUAGUGCUUCUUAUUUUAAUGUAGACAUACUAAAGUACCAGAUCAAGCCUAAUCCAGGAGCAACUUCCUGUCCUUUUCAAUUAGUAGCUUACUGGAAAUGUACAAAUUCCCAUACCGAUUUAAAGGUUGACUACAAGUACAAUUCGCAUGCCAUGGCAUCACCAAGUCCAUUGUUAAAUGUUACAGUGGCUGUUCCAAUAGACAGUGGAUUGAAGAGUUUCCAAUCAAAACCUACAGCACAGUGGUCCCCAGAAAGGAACAGACUCGUUUGGAGAUUUACAGAGCUUUCCCAGCAUUCUGAAAAGCAUGGGGUCGGGUCAAUGUUGGCUCGUGUUGACCUAGAAGGUGGACCAGCCACUCCUUCGACAAUUUCAGCUGCGUUCAACUGUGAAGGAACUACUUUAUCUGGUAUAGAUUUUCAAUUAGUGGGUCCUGGAUACAGGCUCUCUCUAGUCAAGCGUAGAUUUGUUUCUGGCAAGUACAUAUGUGAUGGAGAUUCAAAGUUCAGCUCGGGCACUGUAACCCCAUCUACUGUAUCUUCUUCAGGGGAUCCCAACUGCUAGCAUUCCCAACAUAUCAUAUGUGCAAUAUUUUAUUAUUUGUAUGUAUUUAUGACUAAUGUUACAUAGCAUAUAUAGUUUAUGAAACUAUUUUAUAAUCAAAUAAAAUUUUGUAAAGCA